AUGAAUGUGGUACAGCGGCAUGAUCACGUAAUUACGGUCUCUGCUGCGCAAUCUGUACGAUUCAAUGAUAUUCAUCAUGGAGCUCGUAAGAUUGGAUUGAGUCAGCGGCACGCUCUUGGCCUUGCCCGUGGUUCCGCUGGUGAAAAGAACGAGAGCCAACUUGUCUUUGGAAGCUGUUCCAAUCAUGCUACCUUUGAAAUUUGGGGGCAGCAGAGCAGGCUUGUCAAUGACCGAGUUGUAAAUCGAUUUGAGGCUAUGAGGAUCGAAGAUCUCGAACUGAAGCAGUUGCCGCGCAAGGUCAUACCAAACCUCCACCACCAAACACUCGUUAAUGUUUCUGGCAGCAGAAACAGGACUGGAGUUUCUGUCCAGAUGCGCGUAUCUGGGGACGAUGACAGCGUCUAUUUCGAGAUCCGAGAAAUAGGCGGUAAGCUCAGCUUGGGCGGAGUGGGGGUCGAAAGGAGCAGCAACAUUUCCCGUGGUGGUGAUUGCCAGAAACGAAACGACAAAGUCCAAUCCGUUGGGUAA